UGCUCUAAAUCAUAGAUUAUGUAUUAUACAUUAUUAUAUACGAGGCAAUAAGACUGAAAAUUUAAGGAAAAGUAAUGCAGGAAGAGUGGAAGAGAGUGAGUGCGAGAGAGUCUGUAUAGUUAGUUUGCAUGAAAGGGACAGCCCGCUGUCACUCUCAAUCGCACACACGUGCUCCCACACACACACACACACACGCCAAGAGUAAACCAUCUAAUCACUCUCUGAUCUGCCAUACUUUAACAGUAUCAUCAAGGAAUCAGACUGUGAAAGAGAGAGAGAGAGAGACAUUUACAAAAAAAAAAAGUUUGACAGAGAAGUUCACACGUACUGUGAAGAUGAUGCGAGCUCAUAUUGAGGUCAUUCCCUGUAAGAUCUGUGGAGACAAGUCAUCAGGUGUGCACUAUGGAGUCAUCACCUGUGAGGGCUGCAAGGGCUUUUUUCGAAGGAGCCAGUCAUCCAGUGUGCAAUAUUCUUGCUCUAGGCAGAGUAACUGCCUUAUUGACCGUGCCAGCAGGAACCGCUGCCAGAGCUGCCGCCUCAAGAAAUGUGUUGCCCAGGGAAUGAGCCGAGAUGCGGUGAAGUUCGGCCGCAUGUCUAAACGUCAGAGAGAUUCUCUUUUUGCUGAGGUGGAAAGGCAUCAGCAGCAACAGCAACAACAGCAGUGUCUCCAGGCCAGUCAAACUGAGCCCGAGCCUCUACCAGCCUACAGGCCCAGCAAAGAGCCCCGAGGUCGCCCAACACAUUUAAUCCAGCCCUUGGUUCCCACCUUCCCCUACACCCUGGACUCAGAUCUCAACUGCUCUUCAGAGGUACAUCCGUAUCAGGGCAGUGCCACAGGCGAGGCCCAGGCUGCAGCUUUGGCCUACAGAAGUUCUCAAAGGGGUGGAGAGAGCAGCAGCUUUUCAACACUGAGAGGCUUUGACUCCAGAAGAUCUACACCCGAGGCGAUCCUGAGCAUUCCAGGAAAUGAAAUGGGAUUACGAGCUUUUGACACUGAAGGCUUGUUCUGCCCCUACCCUACGUCAACGCACAUAGAGGAGCUGUGUGCAAGCAUUUUCCGUUCUCACAGGGAGACGAGUCAGUAUCGUGCAGAGGAGCUGCAGGCUCUUAGAUGGAAGAUCUUCGGCAGGGAGGAGGUUCAUGCCUACCAAAACAAAUCUAUGGAUGAGAUGUGGCAGCACUGCGCGGUUCGUCUGACAGAUGCGGUACAGUACGUGGUGGAAUUUGCAAAGCGCAUUCCAGGCUUCCGUCAGCUUGGUCAGAAUGAUCAAAUUGCCCUUCUCAAGAGUGGUUCUAUGGAAGUAGUUCUGGUCCGCAUGAGUCGGAUAUUUAAUACUGAGAACAGCACGGUGUUCUUUGAUGGCAAAUUUGCUGGACCUGAGCUUUUCAAGUCUCUUGCAUGUGGUGAUUUCAUUGCAUCAGUAUUUGACUUUGCCCAUAGUCUUUGUGCUCUGAGGCUGACAGAGCAGCAGGUGGCGUUGUUCAGUGCUCUUGUGCUCAUAAAUGCAGAUCGUCCAUGUCUGGAGGACAGAGACAGAGUGCUGAGAGUGAGAAAAGAUGUGGAAUUGGCCCUCAGUCACAUCCUGCACAGAGACAACCAAGAAAGUUUACUGCACAAGCUAUACCAGAAGAUGGCAUUGUUGAAAAGCCUGUGUACGCUGCAUAUGGAGAAGCUGCGCUGGUUCAGGCAGUAUUACCCACUGACUGUGCACUCUCUCUUCCCUCCACUUUACAAGGAGCUGUUCGUCUCAGACACUGAUAUGCACACAAUGGUUACGCUCUGAACUCAUCCACUCAGUCGCACAGUACACAGAGUACACAGUAACAGCAUGUGUUAAUAAAUAUACACUUAUUUCUGAAGGAGACAACUAUAUAAAACUGAUGUAUUUUUGUGCAAAUGCUCUUUAUAAUGUGAAGCACAAUGAUUCCACAAAUAAUAAACUCCUUAGCUGUGACAGUAUUUUUGAUAGUCUGAACUUUUCAGCUGUAUAAAGGUAGCAUUUUAUAGUUAACAAAUUGUUUUUGGUAACAAAUAGCCUUGUGUGUGUAAAUGUUAUUCCAACCAAUUUUUUUCCUGAUACUGGUGUGUAAAAGCCUGUUGCCUCUAUUCACUGGUAAGCCAUUUGAAGAAUCAGUGUUAUUCUUUAGGGACUGGAGCACUGCACUGGAACUGAAUGCUUUGCUUCAAUGAUUCAAUUCAACACCAUGUCAUGUUCCCAGAAUUGACAUGCUUGGCUUUCCUCUGUCACAUAUUGUUGCUUGUCUUAUUUGCACAUAGAAAUAAUAUACUAACUGAAGUAAAGGCAAAGACUUUACUUCAAAAACAACCAUCUCUGAAAAUGAUUGCUAAAUGUCCUAUAUUGAUACAAUGAUAGUAGUGAGAUUGUGUUAGAGUAUCUCAAAACAAGACUUAAAAAGACUACUUUUGAAGGAUCGUAAAGGAUUAGCGUAGCUAUCGAAGGCCAUUUACACAUUAACACAUAUUAUAACUGGCUAUACACUGCAUUAAUUAAAAUGUUUUGUUUAAGAGUAAAUUUGACAUAUCCCGACCAUUUCCUUUGAACCCUUUCUUGUAAGUUAAGUAUGUACACCUACUGUAUAAUCCUUUUCAUUUGUUCUCUGGUUUGAAUAUAUCUGCAUAUAUGAUUUCAAAGGAGCAAUUGUUUGUCUGUUUGUUUGUUCUCACAAUUUGGUUCCUUGCUAAUCCCUUUCCAGUCAAAGGUUACUCAUUAUAAACUACAUCACCUAAGAAUUGUUUCCACCAUGUAUUUUACAUCUAUUUCAGUCUUGGCUUCAAGACGGCUACAAUCAUUGUUGGGGUGCUGAAUCAUUUCAUGUUACGUGUGAGGUUUUUAACAGUUAGUUUCAAGGGUGUAAUUGUAGCUGAAGUCCAUAGUCAUGUUAGGAUCUUGCUGGAUUCACAACUGGUGUUUAAACAUGUUAUCACAGAUUGCAAAGAUGUAAGUGUUUGAUUAGAAUAGUAGCACUGAUAAGAAUGAAGCCUGAUCGCAUACAGCCUACUGUAUGGCAGCUAAGCCCACAUUAGCAUUUAAGUUUUACUUUUUUGAAUCAGUGUGAUACAUGUGUAUAUAAAGAAGUCCUGGUCUCUUGCCAUUUGAGUACUUGUUUAUUGUUGUCAUUCAUUUCAGAAUUGUUGCUGAUAUACUAUAUUACCUUUUCUGCCUUUGGUUCAUUGGCUCAUUUAUGUUUUUUUUAUUAUCUAUUUUUCUUUUUAACUUGUAUUAUGCUAAGAGAAAAAGGCAUUAAAUAAACACAUAAAAAGAAACGUUAGAUUUUUAUUAUUAUUAUUAGUAGUAGUAGUAGUAUACAGCAGAUGUAGUUACUCUUUAGAGACUU